CUAAAACCCUGGCAAAGCUCCCAAGCUAAUAAUGGCGCUUUAAAGUUUAAAGAAGCGAAGACCUGUAAAAAGUCCUCCUUGACUUCGUACGCUCCUUCUUCCACCGCUGGAGGUUUCACCCUAAAUCCUUAAUCCUCCCCCUGGCCUUUCCUUGAAAGGAAGACGAAACCUUCACAAACCCUAACAUGAAUCUCUGAGGCUCCUUCUCAUCGUCUCAUCAUCCUCUUCGAAGUUUUCUCUUUAAAUCUAGGGUACCUCUCUGGCUUGCUUAAGUCGCUAUACUCUCAUGUCUUCUUCUCUGCCCUUGCUCUGCUAAAUUUCUCAUCCUUUUCUCUCUGGAUCGAGAAAAUCUCUGCUCUAUAGUUUGCGCUGAAAUCUGUUUCAGCCCUUUUUUCAUUAUCUUCUUUGCUCUAGGUUGAUUGGCUAGUGCUUUUUCUUUAUUCUUCUUCUUUGGUUGGACUUACAGAGCGUGAUGGCAACUUCUUUGGAUAUGUCGCUUGAUGAUCUGAUAAAGAGCAGAAGUAGUAGCGAGAGGGGGAGAGGUCGAGGCCGUGGUCGGGCCCGCAGAGGGCGAGGCCAAGGUGGGAGUUUUGGCCGUGGAAGAACGGGAGGGAACCGUGGAGGGGCUCUAAGGGUGAAUGCACGGCCAUCAUCUUACGCAAUUGCUAAGUCUUUCAACAGAACCAAGGAUUUUACGUGGCAACAUGAUUUGUUUCAAGAUAGCCUGAUGGCUGCAGGGAUAUCUGGGAUUGAAUCUGGGACAAAGUUAUACGUCUCAAACUUGGACUAUGGUGUUAGCAAUGAAGAUAUAAAGGAACUUUUCUCUGAGAUUGGAGAGCUGAAGCGGUAUGCAAUCCAUUAUGACAGAAAUGGGCGUUCAAGUGGUUCAGCUGAAGUGGUGUAUGUUAGAAAAAGUGAUGCAUUAGCGGCUGUUAUGCGAUAUAACAGUGUUGUACUGGAUGGGAAGCCAAUGAAAAUUGAAAUCAUUGGCACCAAUUUGGAAUUGCCUGUUUCAGCUAGAAUGAAUGUCAUUGGAGCAGCAAAUGGAAGAGGAAGGAGAACAGUUUUUAUGACGCCUGAAGUGGGUCUUGGAAGAGGAUCUGCUCCAGUCAAUAAUAGUUCUGGCAGGUGGAGUCGUGGAGUUUCCUGGCGUGGCCGUGGUGGUGGCCGUGGCCGUGGUCGUGGUCGAGGCCGUGGUUGGGGUCGUGGCCGUGGGAGGAAACAACCUGUUGAGAAGUCAGCUGAGGAACUGGAUAAAGAAUUGGAUACCUAUCAUACUGAAGCAAUGCAAACAUCCUAGUUCUUUUCAGAUCUGGGAAAUGGAAUAUGCAAUGCAAACAUCCUAGUUCUUUUCAGAUUUGGGAAAUGGAACAUUACCUGGCAGUUAAUAGAUUAGCAGAGUGAGCUGUAUAGACAGAAUGGCAAAGGGGCGUUACUGCAGUAGUAAUUUUUUGGGGUUGUAUUUUGUUCAUAUGCUUUGCUCCUGGUUAGAUUUGACUUGUUAGAAUUGAAAGUUUUCUCAAUGCAGACAUUGCAGAUAGUGUAUGAUCCUUAAAAACCUUUAAUUGUGUUAAAACCUGUGUAUACGAGCUCUUUUGGUCAUUAUCUUUUCUAAUAGUUUUUAGGUUUUACAAAUAGUGGUUAUACUUGCCGAACUUUGGUAGGAUUUUUCGUACUUUUUCAUUCUCCUGUGGAAUGUAAUCUAGUUUGUCUCCUUAUGUCA